CGUUAGAUCUUGUGGAAAGACGAGAAGUUGCUGCCGCUGCUGUCAGUGCUGUCAAAACAUUUACUAAAGUUAACCUAAAACAUUAAGUACGUUGUUGUUAUUACAAUAAUUAAUUUAAAUGUAUAUYACAGUAAGAAGGACAUUUUUCAUGUGAUAACAAUGGUCAGUAUAAACAAAUCUUUCCUUUAUGGGAUAUGUUUUGCUUCUCUAACAUGGAUAAUAUCACUCUAUUUGUAUAUAAAUCUUACAAAUAAUGAGCCUACAACCACCCACACACCUUUWAAAUUUGCAAAAACAGGCCAUCCAUUCAAUAGUUUGGAUCACGAUUUUAAGGUUUCUAAAUCUUACACACUGAGAAGAAAAUUUUUUAAUCAGGGCACUAACAGCAAACAUUUAAUAAAAAAACUGCAGCCCGUAUACCCAAAAUUGAGUAGUGAGGGUGGUAAAAAUGAACUAACCCAACUGGGUCUAGUUAAAAACGUCGAUGAUCAAAGAAAGAAAGACGAGGGUUACAAAAAACACGCUUAUAAUGUUUUGAUAAGUGAGAGAUUGAGUUAUCACAGAGACAUUCCAGAUACAAGAAAUGAGUUGUGUAGAAAUAUUUCAUACUCUGCUGAUUUACCAACUGCUUCUGUUAUUAUUUGUUUUUAUAAUGAGCAUUAUCAUACUCUUUUGAGAACAAUUCAUUCUAUUAUUGAUAGAACGCCAGCUUUGGUGUUAAGAGAAAUUCUCUUGGUUGAUGAUUACAGUGAUUUGAAACAUUUACACGAAGAUCUUUCAACAUACAUUGAGAAAAACUUUGAUAACAGGGUUAAAUUACUAAAAACUGAGAGAAGYGAAGGUCUAAUUAGGGCAAGGUUGUUUGGAGCCAGGAGAAGUAAACAGGAUGUGAUAAUAUUUUUAGACAGUCAUAUUGAAGUCAAUGUUGGCUGGAUUGAACCAUUGUUGCAACGGAUUAAGGAUAAUUACACCAAUGUCGUAAUGCCUGUUAUAGACAUAAUUAACGCUGACACUUUUGCCUACACAGCUAGUCCUUUAGUCAGAGGAGGCUUUAACUGGGGGCUACAUUUCAAAUGGGAAAAUUUACCUAAAGGUACUUUAUCUACAAAAAUGGAUUUUAUCAAGCCAAUUAAGUCACCAACAAUGGCGGGAGGUUUGUUUGCAAUGAAUAGGAAAUAUUUUACUGAUUUGGGUGAAUAUGACGCUGGAAUGAAUAUAUGGGGUGGCGAAAAUUUAGAAAUUUCAUUUAGGAUAUGGAUGUGUGGGGGGAGGCUUGAGCUGAUUCCUUGCAGUAGAGUAGGGCAUGUUUUUAGACAAAGGCGCCCAUAUGGGGCCCCCGACGGGCAAGAUACAAUGCUGCAUAACUCGCUCAGAGUUGCAAAUGUAUGGAUGGAUGCUUACAAGGAAUAUUUCUUGAGUCAUCGUCCUGAUGCAAAAAUGAUUGAUUUUGGCGACAUUUCGUCAAGAAUUGAGUUAAGAAAAGAACUUAAAUGUCACGAUUUUGACUGGUAUUUGAAGAAUGUGUACCCUGAGUUAGCUCUACCUACUGAUAAUGAAGAAAGAUUAAAGAAAAAGUGGUCAGCUUUGGAAAGUGAUAAAUUCCAACCAUGGCAUUUACGAAAACGCAAUUAUGUCGAUCAGUACCAAAUUAGAUUAUCUAAUAGUUCGUUAUGUGUUCAAGCAGCUAAAGAUAUAAAGAGCAAAGGUAGUAAUUUAGUUUUGAAGAAAUGCAUUAGAACGAAGAAUCAAAUGUGGUACCAGAGUGAUAAAAAUGAGCUAGUGUUGGGGCAAUUGCUUUGCUUACAAUCUGGGAAAAAACGCCCAAUUUUAUAUAAGUGUCAUGAAAUGGGUGGUGACCAGGAGUGGAAUCAUAAAGGAGAGAACAAAUCUGCAAUAUAUAAUAUAGCAGCAGGCACUUGUCUAGGUGCAGAAGAACAAAAACUUGGGGCUUUUGUUACAAUGAAGCUGUGUUCAGAUACGAAUUUAAUUAGUUGGGAUAUUCUAAGGUGAACAAAUUAAAUUGAAUAUUUUUUAAGACUGAUUUGUUAAUUAAGGCUACAAUUUUUACAUAAGAAUAACUUUUUACUGUUAUAUGUAUAUAUUUUGAUAAAUAUGUUUUGAUAUUAUUUUUGCUGUUUAUGCAUAAAAUUGUCAAUGCUCUCUUGAAUCGAACAAAUUUCAAUAAAAUAUGUUUUUA